GCAAGGCAUGGACACUACACGGAACCUAUUACCGUUUAAGAUCUUGGUUGCUGUACACACGUGUGGACUUUUAACACUUUCUUCCUCGUUUAAAUGUGAUUUUUUAAAAGCAGUUUUCGAUACUGAAGUGACCUUAAAUAAAGUCCCGGCGCGGUGUGAGCAAUAUGGGUGAGGAAGUGGAGCGACUGCUGAUCCAGUUCCAGGAUGAGAAGGGGGAGUUUCUGGGCUCCUCUUUCGAUGUUCCAGUGGACAUCACUCCGGAGAAACUGCAACUUGUCUGCAAUGCAUUGCUUCAGAAGGAGGAGGUGGUGCCAAUGGCGUUCUUCGCUGGUGGCGAAACUGAAAUAGUGUCCAGUCUGGGGGCGUGUGCCAAGGAGCUAGCAUGGGAGACGGAAAAGGUUAUGCCUGUAGUCUACCAGCCCCAGGCCGUGUUCCGGGUGAGAGCCGUCACCCGCUGCACCAGCACGUUGCUGGGACACACCGAAGCUGUCAUCUCAACUGCUUUUAGUCCUACUGGAAAAUAUUUGGCCAGUGGUUCCGGUGACACCACAGUGCGCUUUUGGGACUUGAUGACCGAGACACCACAUCACACUGCCAAAGGACACUCACAUUGGGUUUUAAGUAUCGCCUGGUCGCCUGAUGGCAAGAAGCUUGCGUCGGGGUGCAAAAACAGUCAGAUUUUUCUGUGGAAUCCAGUGACAGGGACACAAAUCGGGAAGACUCUGAUUGGACACACAAAGUGGAUCACUUGGCUUUGCUGGGAACCUCUUCACCUCAAUGCAGAGUGUCGCUACCUCGCGAGCAGCUCCAAAGAUGGCUCAGUUCGCAUCUGGGACGUGGUGCUGGGCCGCUGUGACAAAAUUCUAACGGGGCACACACAGUCAGUCACCUGCGUCAAGUGGGGCGGCGACGGGCUCUUGUACACGUCGUCACAGGACCGGACAGUCAAAGUGUGGCGGGCAAAGGAUGGUGUCCAGUGCAGGACGCUGCAGGGCCACGCCCACUGGGUCAACACGUUGGCUCUCAACACUGACUAUGUGCUGAGAACCGGAGCCUUCGAACCCGCCGACGCAACUGUCAAUCCGCAGGACCUCACAGGAUCACUGGAGGAACUGAAGGGCAAAGCCUUGCAGAGAUACAAUAAUGUUCGGGGUUCCAACCCGGAGCGCUUGGUGUCAGGCUCUGAUGACUUCACCUUGUUCCUGUGGAAUCCCGCUGAGGAUAAGAAGCCUCUCGCCCGCAUGACGGGACACAGCGCCCUCGUCAAUGAGGUGCUCUUCUCACCAGACACCCGGCUCCUGGCCUCAGCCUCUUUUGAUAAAUCUGUCAAAAUCUGGGAUGGUCGAACCGGAAAGUACUUGAUGUCCCUCAGAGGUCACGUGGGGUCGGUGUAUCAGGUGGCGUGGUCGGCAGACAGUAGGCUAUUGGUGAGCGGCAGCAGCGACAGCACGCUCAAAGUGUGGGACGUCAAGACUGGGAAGCUCAAGAUGGAUCUUCCUGGCCACGCAGAUGAGGUGUUUGCUGUGGACUGGAGUCCUGAUGGACAACGAGUAGCCAGCGGCGGAAAAGACAAGUGCCUCAGAAUAUGGAGAAGAUAGUUCUAAUCGCCACAACUUCCAUUCCCUUCCCACUGAGACCUCUGAGAGCUGACGAAAAGGUGCUUUUCAGUUUGGGUUUAAAGUUGCUUUCAAGUCUCAUCAUGGACAUUUAUUGACAUGAACGAGGUCAGAAUAUGAAGACUUUGCGUCAGGUGGUGUGUGUGUGUGUGGGCAGCUGGUGGGAAUGCUUGUCGAUCCCUCACACAAACGCACUCUGCCUUUAAUCACCAUCCUCAAAGACUCAGCGGCCAAUAAUUCCCUCAAAUAAACAUGUACGCCACAGAUUGCUUGGCACCAGCAAUGUUUAUUACACUAUGAAAACCUCACUCCCACCUUUAUGUCUUUUUUAAAUUAUUAUUAUAACAGUCAAAACAAUCACCGAGAUUAGGCACACACACAUACUCUAACACACACGCACGCACGCACAACAAUGGAAACAAGAUACAAAUUAGGGCCUAUGUUUGUUGUCUCGCAAAAAAAAAAAAAAAAAAAUGCGGGGACUCUGAAGGCUUCAGCUGUGCAAGGCAGAGUGGUUUUAAAUACUCGGUAACUUCUGGAAUAAGCCUCUUCACCUAUUGGCUGCCAUUGCCGGCCAUAGACGUCCAAUCCAUUUGAAUUUGGAGGGUUAGUUCGCUGCCAGCCCUCCCAGUUCAAAUAGAUGAGACAUCUACUUGUGACAAACUCAUUUCAUUUCGCACGAUGAAAAAAGCCACGAUUUAAUGUCAUCGUCAAUGGCACUGAAAGAGUUAACUGUCUUGGAACAGCACAACAAAGAGCCUGUUACUAACAAUGUUAGUAUUAAAACCGAUGUAAUUAGCAUGUGGCUAACAUUGCCCCUAAAGCAGCAGCAUACAUCACUAGUGACCGAGUGAAAAGCUAUAUAUGCUAUUGCACGGUAUAAAUCUAGCGAGACAAUUAAUGGGACAUUUGGACUUGGCGUAUGGCUAACCCACAAUUGUACAACCCCACACUCCUCCCCCAAAAAUAAGUUUGAAUUAACAAUGAAAAGUGACAAGUGUAAAAUAUUAAAGUCUUGGAUAAGCUGUUUUUUGCCUUAAUCAGAACAACAGAUCUGUUAGCAUCAAGUGAGACAGCUUGACUUAGCAUUUAGCUACUAACAAUUCACCUCUGGAAAGCAACAUAAAACUCAUGGUGAUGAAAAAGGAUAAAAUGUGAAAUUAGACCUGUUAGCAUCAAGCAAGGUGUCUAGACUGUGCAUGUGUAAAUGUGCAACCAUUUUUUUCCUGUCUGUCCUAAACCCAAAGGUGCUUUCAGUACAAACAAAUCACCCCCUCCAACCCAACACUACGUAUGAUUAGGUAAAAAUGGGCCAAGUCCAUUCAUUUACUGCCAUCAAUGGGCAUUCAAACAUAUUGGACGUCUAUCACUGUCAAUAACAACCAAUGUGUUAAUGAUUGCCUGUAUGAAUCGUGCUGUCUGGCAAUUUUUUUUUUUUUUAAAUCCAGCAAACAACCACAAGGUGUUUAGUGACUCUGCUCUUGGAGAGUUGCCGUUAGUGAUUGUCUGCCCCCCCUCCCUUUGUCACUCUUCACAAUCUGUCCUCAGUUAUUUUGUUGUAGUGCUGGAAAAUGCUCCUAAAGCGUCAUGACUCAUGACCAAGUGUCUGGUUCGGUUGUUUCCGAAGAACUUUUGCCAGUCUCUUUAGGAAUCCUGAAGUUGUCCUACUGGGUCUUCCAAACAUUGUUAAGCAGCUUAACCACCUCCUCGUAGAUGACAAAAACGAUGGCCACGUCCAAGCACACGCGUCCCAGCCUGGGAACUGUUCCCUUAUAGAACCUUUUGAGACAUGGUGUGAGGAAGAAAUUAGCCACCACUUCGCUUGUAGUUUAUAAAACAGGGGUGGGCAAAAGAUUCCACAAAGGGCCACAGUGCCUGCAGGUUUCAAUUCCAACUCAUCAGGAGGAAACCAUUCCACCAAUUUUUUGUCUUGCAAGCGGAAUCAGUUGAGGUGCUUCUUGUUUCAGCAGAAACCUCAUUUAGACUUAGGGAUGUCCCGAUCCGAUCGCGUGGUCGAAAAUCGAACGAUCGCGCCAUUUUUCGGAGGAUCGGAAUCGAGUGAAAAGGAUCGAGUUUUUAAUUUAAAAAAUAUUUGUGUUCGGUACAUACCUCGGUUUUGAGGUCACGGUUCGGUUCAUUUUCGGUACAGUAAGAAAACAAAAUGCAAAAUAUAAAUGUGCUAGUUGUUUAUUACACACUUUUGUGCUUUCAACAAUAGGAACAUUAGCCUAUACAAAGCUAGAAUUCUGCUCAAAAAGUAGCGGGUAUUUAAAGAUAAUAAUCCAACAAAAAUUUGCCUUUCAGACCCCGCAUAUUGGUCAGCUUUCUUUUUGAAAGAAAGAAGAAAAAAAGUCCUGUGUUAAAGAGAAAAGCAAUCCCAAUGACAGAUUUUAACAUGUAUUUUACAAAUGAAAUGUCUCAAUCUUUUUUUUUUUUUUUUCUCAAGAGCGGUUUUCAAAAGCUUUAUUGGUGGAUUUUCUCAAGUUAAAGCGCCACACAGAAAUUAAUAAAUGUAAUUGUGUAAGCAGGAUCUGUGUAUUAUUAUUACAGGUGUUUUAGCUCAUUUCAAUUUAUUUUAUUUAAAUGGGCUAUUAUUUAUUAUGUGUUUAUAUUUUACAAAUGUGAUGUAGUAUUCAUUUAUAUUGUAUAUUUUAUGUUGUAUAACUUUGGUUCAUAUGUGAAUAUUAGUUCCUACUUGUUUUGUUGUGGUAGGAGGGUUUUUUAUUGAACACAGGGCCAUGUUGGUUAUUAUUAUAGCAGAGAAGACAUCAGUAAAUCAACAAAGACAAGUCAACUGUGCCCCGCUCUACCACUCAAGAGAUCUGAUGGACUCAAAAAGUGGGUUAUGAUUGCAUAUUAGUUUGAAAAUCGACCCGAUCCACAGUAUUUUUACGUGACUUCCAGUCUGCUCGAUCGUAGCUACCGGUAGUAGUAAUGACGCAGGAGGGUCGCGUCUCGCGUCAAAUAAUAAACUCGGCCGUUCUUUUCAGGUGCGUCGCGUUGAGCCGCUUCUGGGACGCGCCUAACACGCGUUUGCACUGCAACUGGUGUGCAUUGGCUGAUUGACUUUAACGCCCGCAUUUCACUGCGUUUUCGCGCCGUUGACGUUUGUGGUUAUAUACUGUCCUACCGUGUUGGUCCUCAUCAUAGUAGAGAAGACUGACUAAAUAUAAUCUACACAAAGAAACUGUAACCCGAUCGACUCACAGCCUCGAAAAGUAAGGGUUACAUUACAUUGCGUCAGAAACUCGUUCGGUAUGCCUCAGUUCCGAACUGAGCACCCCGUACCGAAACUGUUCAAUACAAAUACAUGUACCAUUAAGCCUGAGUUAUACUCCCGCGUUGCGGUGACGGCGUAGCGACUACGGCGUCAUUCGACAUUCGAUAGUUCUGCGGUGAGGGAACGCGUUGCUCUGUAAUUCACCGCCAAGCCACUAGAGGGACGUGGCGUUAUGUUUGUACGGUUUUGGGGCAUGCUUGUUUACUUCCGCUAGUCGGAGAAAAAUAAACAAUGCAAGAUGGAACUCUUGAAAGUAAAUAUUCUGCUCAUCAACACUGAAUAAAUAUGGAACAUACAAAUGUUGACGGGCAGGCGACGCAGAAGACUGUUUCGAGGCGGUCUGGCCGACUUUUGAUGCCGCACAGAGAGUUUUAGACUCGGGUGGAGAGAGCUAGCUGUGGCGGCUAGCUUCAAACUGGCGUCGAGCACUGCGUUCAAAGUCUGCAAAGCCCUCCAGCCUGAUUUGUUUGCCGUGUCCUACAACCAGCCAGUGGGAAGCCAUAGUAGAUUUCUGGCGUCUAGGGAACUUCCCAAACUGCGUUGGGAGGCUUGAUUUUAAGGUUAUCAUAAAAAGCACCGAGGCACUCUCAAUCAGUGAUGAUGUAUUGUGUGUGUGAACUGUCUGUUAUUGAAAAUUAAAGAUCAAAACAACUCUUUUGACACCAAAUCUGUGCUUUAUUCUUCAUAUACUUGAAACAUAUGUACACAGUAAAUGAUGAAGUGCACCAACCAAAAAUACGACAUAAAGUGAUAAAAAGUUGGCAGUUUUUGGCCGACUGGGACACCGCUUCGUGUGGCCACUUGAUUCCGACCACCCACGUCUCGGUGGUUCUUCCAUUUAUUUAUUUUUUCGAUCGCCGACCUUGCCAUUUGGCAAUAACAAUAAUAAUUUCUUGACGAGACUUGCUCUUCGAUGAUACUCCCGUCAGCUUGGUCCAUUUUUGCGUGUAGAAAACAAUGUUUGAUUCUAUUGUACAAUGGCGGUGUUUUCGCGGUAAACCGGAAACAACAGUCUGAGCGGACCAAUCACAGUCCGUUUUCGCUACGUCAUACGCGUCUACGCGACGCGAAGGUUACAAAAAUCAAGAGGUGCGCGUCAGGCUACGGCGUAGGGUCGUAACUCGAUUCUUCCUUGACGGCGUAGGUCUGACGCGGAAGUAUAACUCAGGCUUUACACCCGUAAUGUUCGUACAGCGCCACACCCUCUCACCCUUCUUCCUGCUAAGCAAUGCGGCCAAACUCUGUUUGCGUUUGGUACUUAGUUAACGACGAUUGACAGGUUUGUAGCUUUGAUCUUUCCAGAGAAACAAUCUACAAUCAAAGGCACAUGCGUCAAUCAUCGUUAAACUCAGUGAGCUGUUCUCAGCAGCGUGAGUGUCAAAGCUUGAGUAGAUUUGAGUAGACUCACUCAAUGAAGCACUUCAUAAAGACAAGCAUUUUUCUAUGUUAUUCUUUUUUUGAAAAUAAUUCACAUUAUAAAGGCAGCACGGUGGGACAGUAACAUGUUUGGAACUUUUGUCCAAAAAAAAAAAAAAACUUUUCGGUAUAAGAUUGAGACUAUUGGCAGAUUCUCCAAAUCAGUUGACUGGGACUGGUGCAAAAAAAAAAUGCGAUCGGGACAUCCCUAGGUAAACUGUCUGUGGUGGAUCAGUUGGAACAAAGAACAGGACCCACUACGGCCCUUGAGGACUGGUUUUCCCCACACCUGUGGUAAAAAGGAUGGCGAAACGGCAACUCACGCUUGCGGUCCUUCCUGCUUGAGGAUCUGGAAGGCGCAGUCUACAGUAUUUUUGUAGCGAUGUGCAUCUAGACCCUUUAAAAGUGUGUUCUGUAAACACCUUUUAAAUGUUAAACAAGAGAUGUCGGAACUAACCUGCAUCCUGGUCUUGACCACAUCUAGUGGUGUGUUGCCAAAAACGCUAGCGGCUCCAGCCGUGGCUCCAAACAUAGCUGUGACAAUUGGGUGCAUUUCCUUUCUAGGAUCAUCCCCUUUGAGGGCAAAAACCAAAAUGUUUAUUCAGAUAUGUACAUGACUGCAAUAUCCUUCAGCCCUAUGUGGGCUACAACUCUUCAUUGAUUUCUAUUGUCAAAUUGUCUUCUAGAAAAUUAAAAUAUUUACUGUCCAUCUGCUCUGAUCUACCACCUGCUUGUUUUGGGAGUUUUUUUCAAGGGCGUAGGUUUGCAUAGGGACGAUAGGGACAAAACAUUACCAACUUUUCAGGAUGUUCAAAUUGUCCCCACCAACUUUCAAGCAACCUUAUUCGCAUUAUGUAACUUGUUCAGUUAUAUAAGUCAUUUAGAUAUUGUAACGAUAGAAUUCACCCUGCCAUUAUUAAGUGUCUUAUUUUCAUUAUUUUCAGACUUACAUUUACCCCUUUUUCAUUUGCUGAAUGAGCCAGUCUGUUUUUUUUCCUCAAACGCACGUUUGCUUGGCUGCUGAGCUGACUUGACCCCCCCACACACACACUGUCACAAUCCAGAAUUACGUUACAUGUCGACAUGCCGUCUCCUCCGCCCACUUCGAAGAGGAGGGAUAUUAGAAGUUUUCUUUUCGGCCAGAAGCCACUGUAAGUAAUGUGAAAGCCUUAGUGGGAAACUGCUUUAACAGAAGUGUCCUCCUGUAUGUGUAUACUAUUAUGUUAACGUUAAUUCAACGGAGAAAUAUAGUGAACUCUGCUCAGCUGUAUGUAAUGUAGUGAACCAAGGUUAACACCCUUCAAUCUCAGUUAUUUUUAUUUUGCUUAUGUGGUCUUACACCAGCCAAGGAGCCUUCAUUUUUUUGUUGAGUUUGGCUAUGCUUGUGGACAAAAGCAGUAGUGUUUUUCCUGAAGGAAGGCUCCAUUUUUAUAUUUUUGUUAGACAAUUUACCACUGUAUUAGGACAAAUGUUGAUUUUUUUUGCAUUCCUGGAUAGUUAGGAGAUGAUUAACAAUUUUGUAUUUAUUUGUAUGUUAAUACACAAAUUUGUGUUCAAAUAUUGUA